CCAUGGCUCCCGCAGGGUCUCCUAUCAGAGCAACGCUCGUUUGCGUCUGUUUGUCCGUUUAAAGAGCACGCAUUCCUCCCGUCCCGCCUGUCUGCGGAUCUCGAACCCAUCGCAUUCCUUCAGUUGCCUGGUUUGUCUCGUGGUAUUUCAUCCAACGCCCCUCCUCUUUCUCUGCCUUUCGCCGCCCGAUCUCUCAUCACCUUCAACUCUCUCACUAUCUUCAACAGAGUGACGGACGACCCGUCCUGGAUCCACUACCACUGCCCUAGGGCGAAUCACUUGGCCAUCUAUCACCUACCUGCUCUCACAACCCACAACGAAAAUAUGCAGCUGCCGACGGUUCUCUCACUGGCUCUCACCAUGGUCUCUCUUGGUGCCUUCGUCCAGGGCAGACCGCUCCCCUGCCCAGAUGAGAAGCGCGAUGACAUCCUCAACGGCAAGGCCAGCCCCGAGAUCUGCUGCUCGUACGGCAUCUGCAAAGGCGAUGUCGUGAUCACGAGCGGCUGAAGGGGCCAGCCUUAACUCGAGGAACCUUCGGUGGCAACGCAGAAAUAAAUGCCACUUCGCAAAGCAACAACAACGGCAUCAAAGCGUCGACUGUACCGCCAUCUGGUCUUACUUUCUAGAAUCACCACCAUACCAUAUGCAUACAUCGGCGUUCAAACAGGUUAACAAAUCAUCAUUAAAGGCGUUGAGCGCAACCAAGGCCCAUCCCCCCCUCUUCUCCCCACCCAACCCUCGGAAUGGGUUGGGGUGACUCUUUUCCUUCGUCGAAUGGAAGAACAUGCGUUCAAGUUGCCUUUUUGGGAUUGGGCGGGGGGAUGCGAGAUACGCAGUUGCCGGGCAAUUACUUAGCCUACCACUCGGCGUCUUUGAAUCUUUGGUCAACGAAUGGGAUGACCGGGGGCACUUCCGCACCGCCCGCUGGACUCAGGAGCGUGAGGCUGUAGCUGGGGAGCCCCAUUGGCACCACGGAAUGGCCGUUUGGCCUUUUAUUGAGUACGGGAGCGCACGAUGAACUGGACUUAUUUGCUGAAUGUUGAUGGGUCUGUAGGGGCAAGAACCGUUCAGGUCACCCGCGAGGACGAGGCUUUACAUACAGAGACGAGCGUGCCCGCUCUCUCUAUCUCUCUCUCUCUCUCUCUCUUUUCUACACACACACAUGCACACAUUUACUGGUGUUGGAAAGCUGUCACGAGAAUUGAAAAGCAGCAUCAUGAACUCAUGUAAUACGAGCCAUACCGUCAGCCACAGCCUCAAAUGAAUACAGACAAAGAAGAUUGAACAAGCUAGA